AUGGGGACAGAGAUCGAACUUGACGUCGAGGGCCAGACGGAGCCUCCUAUAUGUGGCUUCAAAAGUCCAACAACGUCCAAAACCACCACACGGUCCCCGACCUUGACUACGCUCAACACCGGGACCAUCAUCGGAGAAGAAUGUGAAGGCGGGACCGACGACGACGCCGCUGUCACCCGUACGUCGGGAGAUACCACCGCCACCACUACUACUGUCGGAACCGGAGCCGGACCCGGCCGUCUCCCGUCCUUUACCCCCGAAGCGGCCCACACCCUUUCGGUGCCGGACGUCUGUGCUCAUCUCAACACCGACCCCGAAAAUGGAAUCGACAACGAUGAAGCUGCCCGUCGGCUACAGCACCAUGGCCCUAACAAGGUUGAGGGUGCCAAAGGGUUAUCCCUUUGGACGAUUCUCUUGAGACAGGUCUCCAACAGCUUGACUCUUGUCCUCGUCAUCACCAUGGUUCUGUCCUUUGCCAUCAGUGACCAUAUCGAAGGCGGUGUCAUUGCUGCCGUCAUUCUUCUCAACAUUAUAGUUGGCUUCCUCCAGGACUAUCGCGCCGAGCAAACCAUCCAGGCUUUGUACGCCCUGUCGGCGCCCACCUGCAAAGUCAUCCGCUCCGGCAUCACCUCCACCAUCAAAGCCGAGACGCUUGUGCCCGGUGACAUUGUCCGCCUCGGCGUUGGCGAUGUUAUCCCCGCCGACCUCCGUCUCGCCACCAGCAUCAACCUCUCCACCGACGAGGCGCUGCUGACCGGCGAAUCCCUUCCCGUCAGUAAGCAUGCCGAGUCGGUCAUGGCCCGGGAGCGUGAUAUCCCUCUCGGUGACCGCUCCAACAUGGUCUACUCAGCCAGCACCAUCACGCGCGGGCGCGCCACGGGCAUCGUCGUCUCCACGGGCAUGGGCACAGAGGUAGGUAAGAUCGCGGGCCUGCUGCGCGACAGCAACGGCGGGCGCAACAAGACGCGCGUCGACAAAGAAGAAAUGGGAACCAUCCGCUCGCUUGUCGUCCGUGUCCGAAACCGCAUGCGCGUCCUCCUCGGUCUCGACGGCACGCCGCUGCAGGUCACGCUGAGCAAGUUUGCGCUGCUGCUGUUCGCCCUGGCCAUCCUGUUGGCUAUUAUCGUCUUCUCCGUCAGCAAGUUCGACGUUACGGACGAGGUGCUCAUCUACGGCAUCUGCGUCGCCGUGGCCGUCAUCCCGGAGUCGCUCAUUGCCGUGCUGACCAUCGCCACCGCGCUCGGCACCCGCGCCAUGGCCCGCGGAAACGUGGCGAUCCGCAAGCUGGCCGCGCUCGAGGCCGUGGGCGGGGUGACGAAUAUUUGCUCCGACAAGACGGGAACGCUGACGCAGGGUAAGAUGGUAACCAGGAAGGUCUGGCUCGUGGAUGGCACAGAGGUCCAAGUCCAAGGGACGACGCAUCCUUUUGAUCCCACAAGCGGGUCGGUCAAUAUCGGCGAAAAAGUGUUUAGCCUUGCUGAUCAUGGCAUGAAACACCCUGAAGAGGCCAUUGGCGAGAAGGGAGAGAACCUCAAGGAGUUCCUGGAGAGCAUUGCUCUUUGCAACAACGCGGCUGUUACCAAGGCCGAGGAAACAAGCACUUACACGGCUAUCGGUGAGCCGACCGAGAUUGCGUUGCAGACUUUUGCGAUGCGGUUUGGUAUGGGAAAGCCGAGUGUCUUGGCUGCUGAUGAUGGACAGUCUCAGCAGAAGCUGCUCGCCGAGUACCCCUUCGAUUCAUCCUGCAAGAGGAUGACGGUCAUUUACACAAGCACGGAGAGUGGCGCUGGUGUCGCUUACGCUUACACCAAGGGAGCCCUCGAAGCCCUGUUGCCUUUACUCGACGCUUCGGAUGAGCAAAAGCUUGAGAUCGUGGCAAAGGCGGAAGCCCUUGCUGCCCAAGGUCUGCGUGUACUUUGUGUUGCUAAGCGAUCCGUCGAUGGAGUCCUCUUUCAGGUUGGGGAUGACGCUUCUGCUACUCCCGAAAAGAAGAAAGCGUCCGCAUCAAACAUUCCCGAAAGAUCAACCAUUGAAAGGUAUUUGACCUUCCUUGGUUUGGCUGGUAUCUAUGACCCUCCCCGUCUUGAGUCUGCUGCAGCAGUUCAGAAGUGUCAAGCAGCUGGUAUCACGGUUCACAUGGUGACUGGUGACCACGUCAAGACUGCAACGGCCAUUGCCUGUGAGAUUGGCAUCCUCAACCCGGGCAUGCUACAGAACGGGACCGAGGUGAUGGUGGCCAGCGCUUUUGACAGUCUCACGGAUGCCGAAAUUGACGCCUUGGAAAGUUUGCCCUUGGUGCUUGCAAGAUGCAGCCCGACAACCAAGGUCAGAAUGGUGGAAGCCAUGCAUAGGAGGAAAGCAUUUUGUGUCAUGACUGGAGAUGGCGUCAAUGACUCGCCCGCUCUCAAGAAGUCGGACGUGGGCAUUGCCAUGGGUCUGAGCGGUAGUGAUGUUGCCAAGGAGGCGGCGGAUAUGGUUCUCACCGAUGACAACUUUGCCUCCAUCGUUACCGCCAUUGAAGAAGGAAGAAGGCUCUUUGAUAACAUUCAGAAGUUCCUCCUCCACCUCCUAGUCUCCAACAUCGCCCAAGUCAUCCUCCUCCUCAUCGGCCUCUCCUUCAAGGACAACGCCGGUAUCUCCGUCUUCCCGCUCUCCCCGCUCGAAAUCCUCUGGGCGAACCUCGUCACCUCCUCCUUCCUCGCCCUCGGUCUCGGCCUCGAAGAUGCCCAACCGGACGUGAUGCAGCGCCCUCCGCACGACCUCCAAGUCGGCAUCUUCACGCGCGAGCUGAUCGUCGAUAAAUUCGUCUACGGCACGGCCAUGGGCGGUCUCUGUUUGGCGGCCUUCACCAGCGUGGCGUACGGAAUGUCGGGCGCCGACGGGCUCGGCGAGGACUGCAACGAACACUGGGCGUCGGAGUGCAGCGUGGCGUUCAGGGCGAGAGCGACGACGUUCGCUACGCUGACUUUUCUGUUGCUGGUCACGGCGUGGGAGGCCAAGCACUUCACCCGAUCGCUGUUCAAUAUGCAUCCGGAGAAGUACUCGGGCCCGCUGUCCGUCUUGAAGACGGUGUGGCAGAACAAGUUCUUGUUUGGCGCCGUGUCGGCUGGGUUCGUGAUCUGCUUCCCGGUCAUCUACAUCCCGGUUAUCAACCAUGUGGUGUUCAAGCACAAUGCCAUUACGUGGGAGUGGGGAGUUGUUAUGGCUUGUGUGGUUGUUUAUAUAGCCAUUGUCGAAACUUGGAAGGCUCUCAAGAGAAGAACCUCCAAGGCAAAUGUGGUUACUGGCGAUGGUGCAGAGGGAGUGUAA